AUGGAGAAGAUUUGCUUCAGUUUUGCCUUAGUCUUGUCUUUCCUCCAUUUCAUUGCCUCCACGGAGAUAAGCAACACCAAUUAUACGAUAGACCAAUCUGCACUGUUGGCCUUCAAAUCUUAUAUCACUUUGGAUCCUCAACACAUAUUGGCCAGCAAUUGGUCUACUAAAUCCUCUGUGUGCAAUUGGUUUGGGGUCACUUGUGAUACCAACUAUGGAAGGGUCACGAGCCUAACUCUAACAAGCAUGAAUUUAAGUGGUUCCCUUCCACCCCAAUUAGGAAACUUAACUUUUCUCGUUCAUCUUGAUCUUCGCAACAAUGAGUUUCAUGGGACUCUACCAAGAGAGUUGGCCUUGUUACCUAGAUUGAAGGUGGUCAACUUGUGCACUAACCAAUUUGGAGGUCAAUUCCCAACCUGGGUGGGGGAGUUAUCUAAACUCCACCAUUUGAGUCUUUGUAAUAACAGCUUUUCGGGUUCAAUUCCCAAAUCCCUAUCUAAGCUUCAUAAUUUGACAGUUUUGGAUUUGGCACACAAUCAGCUAUCCGGUGACAUCCCUUCUUCAAUCUUCAACAUCUCCACGUUGCAAGAGCUUGAUUUCUCAUAUAAUUAUUUAUCAGGAAGCAUCCCUCAAGAAGUUGGUGACCUACGACAACUAAGAAGUAUAAAUGUGAGCAAAAAUAAACUUUAUGGUUCGAUACCAUCGUCCUUAUUCAAUGUGCCUACCCUUCAAGAGAUUCAAUUAUUUUAUAAUAACCUAUCUGGUUCUUUGCCAUCGGAUAUGUGUCAUGGACUUCCAAUGCUUGAAGAGCUUGACCUCUCUGGAAAUGCAAUUUAUAGUCAAAUUCCAUCAAGUUUGCAUCAAUGUAAAGAGCUCAAAUAUCUGAAGAUGAUCAGCAACAGAUUUUAUGGUCAUCUACCUAAUGAUAUCGGGAGAUUAUCUAUGCUUGAGGAGUUAGAUUUUAGUAACAACAAUCUAACAGGUACAGUUCGUAAUAUUUUGUCUAUUUAUUGGGUGUGCUAG